AUGUAUAACAAUGUUUGGUAUCCAUCCAGAAAAACACUGGAUAGACAUUACAUACAUAUAUACAAACAAACAUACAAACAAACAUACAUAAUUGUUGCAGAUCUGAAGAGAGAGGCAAGCAUAUGUCACAGUCUGAAGCAUCCAUAUAUCCUGGAACUCUUUGAAACGUAUAGUAACAAUGGAGUUUUCUAUAUGGUCUUUGAAUUGUUAGUUAUGUUGUUGUUGUUGUUUGUUAUUGUUUGUUGUUGUUGUUUGUUAUUGUUUGUUGUGUUGUUGCGUUGUUUUUGUUUUCAAUUUUGUUUCUAUUAUGGUCGUCAUCACGUAGUUGCUGUUGUUACUGUUGUUGUUGAUGUUAGUGUUGUUGUUGUUGUAAUCGUUGAUAUUGUUUUUAGUAAUAAUGUUAAUGUUGUUGCUGGCAUUGUUGAAGUUUAUGGCGGGACUAGUUGA